CUGCUCUGCUCUAUGUACAAUUUUUGUCUAUGUUGUAUGUGUAAUUUAAAGUAUUUUAAAGCCAAAAUGUCGUCUCUGACGAGCCUUUUACCGGCUCCAACACAGCAAGUGUGGGACCGUGAUGACGAGUUCAAGGCGAAACGUGUCGGUAGUGCCUUAGUGGUGUCCCAGAGUAGCGUACCGCCAUACGGGCAAAGGAAAGGUUGGGUGCCCCGCAAUGAAGAAGAUUUUGGAGAUGGAGGGGCGUUCCCCGAGAUUCACGUGGCACAAUACCCGCUGGGUAUGGGAGCGCGGGGCAAGGAGAGCACAUCCAACGCUCUAGCGGUGCAACUGGACGAGUCUGGACAUGUGAAAUACUCGGCUAUAGCUCGACAAGGACAUAGUGCUGAUAAGAUUAUCUACUCCAAACUGACAGACCUCCUGCCUUCGGAGGUGUUGGCCGAAGACAACCCGACUCUCCAAAAGCCGGACGAUGAGGACAUCCAAGAAAUUACAGAGAAGACGAAGCUGGCACUGGAGAAACUGACUAACGCUAAGAUUUCUGCUGCGAUGCCUGUUAAAGCUGCUCCCAAAGCUGCGCCCGCGCAGUACAUCCGCUACACUCCGGCGCAACAAGGGGGCGCGUUCAAUUCCGGAGCUAAGCAGCGGGUUAUCAGGAUGGUAGAAGCCCAAGUGGACCCCAUGGAGCCCCCCCGCUUCCAGAUAAACAAGAAGAUCCCGCGGGCGGCGCCUUCCCCUCCAGCGCCGGUGUUGCACUCGCCCCCCAGGCGGGUCUCCGUCAAACAGCAGAGAGACUGGAAAGUGCCGCCGUGUGUGUCGCACUGGAAGAACGCUAAAGGCUACACGAUCCCGCUGGACAAGCGGCUGGCGGCGGACGGGCGCGGGCUGCAGCAGACGCACAUCAACGAGAACUUCUCGAAGCUGGCGGAGGCGCUGUACAUCGCGGACCGCAAGGCGCGCGAGGCGGUGGAGGCGCGCGCGCAGCUGGAGCGGCGCCUGGCGCAGCGCGAGCGCGAGCGCAAGGAGGACCACCUGCGGGCGCUGGCGCAGCGCGCGCGCGACCACCGCGCGGGCAUUCGCGGCCCGGAGGACGAAGAACAAGAGGAGGCGGACGAGAGCGGACUCACAGCGGCCGAGAGGGACAAGCUGAGGGCGGAGAGGCACAAGGAUAGGCAGAGGGAGAGGAACAUAGCAAGAGCGGCGCCGGACAAGAGAUCUAAACUAGUGAAAGACCGUGAACGCGACAUCUCAGAACAGAUAGCUCUAGGGCUCCCGGCGAAGACGAACCAGGGCGGGGAAGGCAUGUUCGACCAGAGACUGUUCAACAACAGCAAGGGAAUGGACAGCGGUUACGGCGACGACGAAGCCUACAACGUGUACGACAAGCCGUGGCGUAACCAGGACUCGGUCGGCGCCCACAUCUACCGGCCGAGCAGGAACGCCGACAAAGACAAUUACGGCGGAGACAUGGACCAGUUGGCUAAUACCCGCAGAUUCGUAGCCGACAAAGAAUUCGCGGGCACCAGCAGUAACAACACUCGAGCCGGGCCUGUGCAGUUUGAGAGAGACAACCCUAACGCUAGAGACGAACCGCCCCGACAACAAACGGAGGCGGACUUCGACCCGUUCGGCCUGGACCGGUUCCUGAGCGAGGCCAAGCGCGCCGACAAGCCGGGCCGCAAGCGGGAGCACGAGCGGCCGCACGCGCUCGGGAAGAAGCGGAGGGAGUAGGGGGGGGGGGAUUUGGACAUUCAUAGUGCGUUGGGUGAUAUUGCAAAGACAAUUGUUUCAAGAAUUUUCUUCCUCCUGGCUAUAGUCCCGGUUGCAUCCUCACCACUCUGGAGAGGAGCCCGGGGUGUGCCUUUGACCAUGGACCCUGGAUUGGGUGAGUCAGGGUUUUACACGAAGCGACUGCCGUCUGACCUCCGCAACCUUUGCAGGGGAACCUAACCCGUAUUGGAUUGAUCAUGGUUACACAUCCAGUUGCCUGAAUGUGCAGGAUUCCUCACGAUGUUUUCCCUCACCGUAAGAGCUUUGGUUAGUAUUUAAACUAAUGUACAUAACCUCGAAAAUAGUAAUUGGCCGAGGUGGGAUUAGACCCUGUGCCUUUUUGCGCAUCGUGCGUUUUAACCGACUUAUUUCGACCACCGACGCCCUUGACAAGUGUUUCAAGCAUCUCUAUAAUACAUACAUAUAGUCACGUCUAUAUCCCUUGCGGGGUAUAUAGAGCCAACAGUCAAGAAAAUACGGAAAGGCCACAUUCAGCUGUAUGAUGAAAUUGAAUGUAUAUGCCUAUGGGUAAAAAGAUGGACCUUUUAUACCAUGGUGUGCUGGAUCGAGUGAUCUUGAGCAAUUUAAUAUUUUUUGUAUUUAUAUGGUUGACGCUUCUGAUCUAAUAAAUAGUUUAGCUUUUUGUAAUUAUAAUAAAUAACAAUAAAUAAAGAAGAACCGCUGUAUUUUUUUCGCACCAUAGACACAUUUUUUGUUCAUAUUUUAUGGUUUCAUAGACAAAGUUAAUGUAUGGAUACAAAGUUUUUAUACAAACGUACUUUAGUUGUAAUUUCCAAAUGAAACAUUGGAAUUUGAUGGAAUUUCGUCAAAGUUGAUCUUAGGGAAGAAAAAGUAAGUUGGUGAAAACUUGGCAGACUUAACCUUCAUAAAUAUAAUAAGAAGAUUCAUCACUUGUUCAGUCUAGUCCCAUAAUAAAUUUUUUCUGUUCUUAAAUCUGUGGUCGAUGCCAGAAUAUUUGUAAAUCAACUCUAUUACACUACAUUAAGGUCAUAUUUCCAACGCAUUAUGUGAGUCAGUGUAUAAUAACUUUAUUUUUAAGUAGAUGAAAGUCAUUUGUUCAGUUAGAUAAAUGAUUUUAAGUUUGUAAGUUAGUUGUUUAGAUAUGAUUUCGAUUUUAGACAUUACGAUAUGAAGUGUACAGAUAAAAAAAUAAUUCAAUAAAUAAGUUAAAUAAGUUGCA